GCCGACUCGUGCCAUGGCCGCCGCGGAGGAGCCCAGCGAGCCCGGGAAGCGGAAGCCUUUUAAACUCCUAGGAAUUUUAGAUGUUGAAAAUACCCCCUGUGCACGGGAUUCAUUAUUAUACGGUUCACUGGGAUCUGUUGUGACCGGCUUUGGACACUUUUUAUUAACUAGUAGAAUUAAAAGAUCAUGUGAUGUUGGUUUAGGAGGAUUUAUCUUGGUUACUUUAGGAUGCUGGUUCCACUGUAGAUAUAACUAUGCAAAACAAAGAAUUCAGGAAAGAAUCGCCAGAGAAGGAAUUAAAAACAAGAUUUUAUAUGAGAAUACCCACCUUGAUCCUGAGAGAAAACCAAACAACUGAUGAAUGUUGGACACAGAAAACCCAUAUGAAAUCCACUCAAGUUCAGCAUGGAGUGCUUUAAUGUUAAGAACCUCGUGUAUCAUAAGGCUUUCUCAAUAAAACAAAAUGAAACCA